CAAGCGAUUAGAUAUGCAAUGUUAUCAAAAGAUUAACACUUACUGAGUGCCACCCUUAAACUGCUGUGCAAAUCUACUGUUGAAUAUUGGACCAGGCAAUCAAACUUCUCAUGCGUUACACUUACUGAACAGUCUGUAACGCAAUGCAGUCAGGUUACGCCAAACCUGUGGAUCCUAUUGAUUUAGAGUGUUUCCUAAAAGUUGAUGAACUGAAGGUAUUUUUAUAUUUCGUUUAUUUUUUCUGAAGAAAGUAGAAAAGUGUCCACCAGAUAUAUGUAGGAUUUACUAGUUUUAUUAACAGCAUAAAGUUUUCAGUUUGGAAACCAAUCCUAUUACUGAUGGUUCUGCAUACCUUGAGGUCGGUGAAAUUAAGGUUUCGUGCUUCGUCAAUGGUCCCACUGAGAUGCGUCAAGACAGUCAGUUAUUUGUAGUACUUAAAUUUGCACCUUUCUUGUCCUGGUUACCGAAGGAUGUGCAAACGUCUAUGGAAAGAAAGCUUAGUCGACUUCUUCUAAGUGCGAUUGAACCUUCUGUCAUGCUUCAUCAGUUUCCAAGAGGCAAAUAUGAAAUAGUGACAAACAUUUUGGAUAUACCUUCACAUAAUCCCAGUGGAUUGAUAGGGGAUUGUCUGGCUGCUGCCAUUACAUGUGCAGGUUUAGCCCUGCUCAACUCAGGUGUUCAGAUGUAUGAUCUUCUAGUUGGAUUAAAUUUAGAUCUCUCCGCUCUUGGUGAUAUAAAUGGACACCUUUGUGUUGCUGUUCUACCUCGUCUUCGUCAGUUUUCUAUGCUUUAUACUGUAGAUUCACAUAUGCCUAACACUGAGUUUCUCCAAAAUUCUCUAACUCAUGCAAUGGAAAAUUGUAUCAAACUUGCAGAUGUAAUUCGAAGCCAUCUUUGUGGACAGCUUAAAACUAAAAUAAAAUGAGUAUGUACAGUUUCUUUCUUUUACUAGUACUUAAUGUCAGGUGCCGAACCCUAUAAAAUAAAGUUUCUGGUGACAUCUGUAGGUUGUAUGACACUAGUCAGGCCUUUUAUUAGAAAUGGAUUUCUC